AAGACACAAGGACACCAGCCCCAUUCCCCRCCGUGCAUGUUACCAUUAAUGUUACAGUAGGGUUGUGCGCCCGCAGCCAGGACAGCCAUGGAGAAGAGUGGGAACAUUCAGCUGGAGAUUCCCGACUUCAGCAACUCGGUGCUGAGCCACCUGAACCAGCUGCGCAUGCAGGGCCGCCUGUGCGACAUCGUGGUGAACGUGCAGGGCCAGGCGUUCCGCGCUCACAAGGUGGUGCUGGCCGCCAGCUCGCCCUACUUCCGCGACCACAUGUCCCUGAACGAAAUGAGCACCGUGUCCAUCUCCGUCAUCAAGAACCCUUCCGUUUUUGAGCAGCUCCUCUCCUUUUGUUACACCGGGAGGAUUUGCCUGCAGCUGGCUGACAUCAUAAGCUACCUAACGGCGGCCAGUUUCUUGCAGAUGCAGCACAUUAUAGACAAGUGCACGCAGAUUCUUGAGGGAAUUCACUUYAAAAUUAACGUGGCAGAAGUGGAAGCAGAGUUGAGCCAAACCAGGACAAAGCAUCAGGAGAGAGCGCCAGAAUCUCACCGGGUGACGCCAAAUCUGAACCGCUCGCUGAGCCCCCGUCACAACACCCCGAAAGGGAGCCGCCUGGGCCAGGUGAGCACCGUGCUGGACAUCCGGGAGCUCAGCCCUCCGGAGGAGUCCACCAGCCCCCAGAUAAUUGAGCAGAGCUCAGACGUGGAGAGCAGGGAGCCCAUCCUGCGCAUUAACAGAGCGGGGCAGUGGUAUGUGGAGACGGGCAUGGGAGAGCGCGGGGGACGGAGCGACGACGACGUCCGGGUUCUGGGCGGCGUGCGCAUUAAAACAGAGAACCUGGAGGAGUGGCUGGCGGCCGAGAAUCAGCCCUCGGGAGAGGACGGGAGCAGCGCCGAGGAGGUCACGGCCAUGGUGAUCGACACCACGGGGCACGGAUCCAUGGGCCAAGAGACUUACACGUUGGGGUCCUCGGGGGCCAAGGUGGUCAGGCCAACCAGCAGCGAGAUUGACAGAUUUAGCCCUUCUGGCAGCAUGGUUGCGGUGGCCGAGCGGUACAGAUCAAAAAGCGAGUCUCCCGGGCGGAUGGAUGAGCCCAAGCAGCCCAGUUCCCAGGGGGAGGAAUCGGCCAUGAUUGGAGUGAGCGGCUACGUGGAGUAUCUCCGGGAGCAGGAAGUUUCGGAGCGCUGGUUCCGCUACAACCCCCGGCUCACCUGCAUUUACUGCGCCAAAUCCUUCAACCAGAAAGGCAGCCUGGACCGGCACAUGCGCCUCCACAUGGGCAUCACCCCCUUYGUCUGCCGCAUGUGCGGGAAGAAGUACACGCGCAAGGAUCAGCUGGAGUACCACAUCCGCAAGCACACGGGCAACAAGCCCUUUCACUGCCACGUCUGCGGCAAAAGCUUUCCUUUCCAGGCCAUCCUCAACCAGCACUUUCGCAAGAACCACCCGGGCUGCCUGCCCCUGGAGGGGCCCCACAGCAUUUCCCCCGAGACCACGGUCACGUCUCGGGGGCAGGCAGAGGAAGAGUCUCCCCCGCAGGAGGAAGCCGUGGCCGUGGGGGAGACGGCACAGGGAUCCGUGUCCACGACUGGGCCCGACUGAAAUGCGUCCGCAGAAGCUGGGGAGGAAGGACCAUCUUCCCAGUUCAGCCCUAAAGAGUCAGCACCAACCUGGCAGGCUGGUACUGUGAUUAGUGCAAUGCCACCACUGGACAGAAAGAAGCUCCCAAAACGUUGCCAAAAUAGAAAGAUCUUUUCCCUCU